AUGAAAAACGGUAAUAUACAUAAAAAUUAGUUAUCAUUCUCAGGAAUAAAAAAAGUAUUACUUCAUUUAGAUGAAUUGUAAGAAUUAUAUUUAGCUACAAUGGAAUAGACUUAAAUAUAAUUAUAGAAUAUAAACAGUAAUUCAGAUUGUAAACUUAAUAUAGCUUAAAUUUAUUCUUCAAACAAGCCUUUUGAACUAUUAAAAACAUUGUAAAAUUAUUUAAUAGAAAUAAAAAAUGAGAAGAACUCUGAAUAUAAUAAAUUAAGUUAGAAAUUAAAAUAACUAAUGUUUAGCUUGAAUAAAGCAAAAUCUGUAUAAUAACAAAUCUAAUAAUACUUAGAAGUAAUUUCUAAUAUUGUUAAAAAGCUCAAGUACAAGAAAGAAUGUUAAAUUUUAAUUACUUCUUUUUCUUUGAUAUUAAAAAAACGAUAAAAAUUUCAGCUUAAACUUUUAUAAAAAAAUGAUCAACUAUCAUAAAACUUAAAUAAUCUUUCAGAAAUUGUAAUAAACUAAGAGAGUAAGAUAGACAAUAUAAAAUAAUAUUUAGAAAUCAAAACUUUGCAAGAAAUAUUAGAUAAAAAAGUACCUAUCAAAGGUUCAAAAAAUUGUGAGAUUGAAUCAACAUCUAAAGUAAAAGAGGAAAACAAGAAUUUGGCAAUUUGCCCAAAUUAUCAAAAACUUUAAUAAUAGUAUUUCAAUUAACCAUAAUUAUAUUACUCUUAUUUCAACUAUUAAAUUUAUCAGCAAUAUUAUUAUUUCAAUUAAUUAAAAUAAACUGAAUGUAAUAUCCCCAAUUCCUAAUUACUUUAUCAAUAACAUCCUUACAUAUAUAACUUCUAUCCUUAAUUUUUAUGA